AUGUCGCAAAUGUCCGGGAAUGAGGGCGUUUGUGCCGUAUUCAUUCAUGCUGGAGCGGGCUACCACAGCCGUGACAAUGAGCAUAAGCAUUUGAAGGCCUGUGAAGUGGCUGCGUUCAAGGCCAUGGCAUUCUUAAAGAGUGGUGGCACCGCCAUUGACGCCGUCGAAGCAGCCCUAAUGGUGCUUGAAGAUAACCCGAUUACAAAUGCAGGGUUUGGGAGCAACUUGAACGCAGCAGGGGUGGUCGAAGGCGAUGCCUCGAUUGUCGAUCAUCACGGGCUAAGUGGAGCAGUUGGAGCUGUGCCCAAUAUCAAGAAUCCAAUCAUGCUCGCUCGGAAGGUUUACGAUAAAGCCAAUGUGAAGAUGGGCAUGUCAAGGGUGCCCCCGAACUUCUUGGUCGGAGAAGGUGCCAAGGACUUUGCAUGGGAGAACGGCAUGGUGAUCAUGCCCGAGGAAGCUUUGAUCUCACCCGUCGCUCUGGAGCGUUAUCAGGUAUGGGCCGCAGAAGUCAAAGAUCAUGAAAAUGAAACCCUCGGUGAAGUGAUCGAUCCCUGGAUUCGCCGUCCAGUCACUCCCCUUGACACUCGCCUUGAACGUCUCAAGCGUGCUUCUCAACCAGGAGCCCAUCCUGCCAGCCAUGCAGUGGACGAGGAAACUAGAACUCCGCCCGAUCCAAGCAUUUCUGCAGGUGUGAAGGGUCGCCGGGGAGCAUCGCUGGAGCAGCAAACUCAGAAAAAGGCCAAGCGCACAAGUUCGCAUCUACCUGUGCAGUCUGUCUCGCCUUUAUCCUCGUCUCGGGAUGGCACCGAUGCCGCCGAUAGUGAACAAGACGAGGAGGAUAGCAUCACGGACACUGUUGGCGCGAUUGCCAUUGACAAGUAUGGAAAUAUUGCAGCAGGAUCUUCUUCUGGUGGCAUUGGUAUGAAGCACCGAGGUCGAAUUGGACCUGCAGCCCUAAUUGGCAUUGGCACCCAUGUUAUCCCGCAAGACCCGACUGAUACGGAUGGAACCACAUGUGCAGUCGUAACAUCUGGGACAGGAGAGCUCAUCGCCUCAACCCUGGCGGCAAGUACCUGCGCGCAAAGGAUGUAUUACAGUCAGAAGAUGGGCGACAAUGGCAUAUUCCACCAGGUGAUGGAGGAAGAAGCCCUCGGAGCGUGGAUGAAAAGAGAAUUUAGCGGUGCGUUUUCUUCUUUUCGCUACUGUAAUUUCCGGAACACUAACACUUGUUUGUCUUGUCUGUUAGAACACUCUGCCGUGCGUAACAGCGUUCUCUUUGGGUCCCUCGGAGUGGUCAUUGUGAAGAAAACCAAUUCCGGCAUCGAACUCUACUUUGCUCACAACACCGACUCUUUCGCCAUCGCCUCUAUGUCCAGCUAUUCGGACAAACCGUCUUGUCUAAUGUCGCGAGGGCAACGAGGAACCAUUGCCCAAGGAGGUUGCCGAUACAGACUCAAAGACUAUCAGUACUGUAAGUUUUAUCAUCAGGUUGAAGAUACAAGCCGUGAGUCCUGA